UCGGCGGCUAACGACCCACCUCUUCUUGACCCCGACAAAAUGCGCGAACGCUUUAUUGCGAUAGACUACUUUGUCUUCACGGCCAUGCUGUUAUUUUGCGCGGCUAUUGGCAUUUUCUACGCUAUUAGGGGCGUCCAUAAAAGUCACAACGACUACGUGAUGGCCGGCCGCAAUUUAAGUUGUUGGCCCGUGUCGUUGUCUCUCACGGCCAGCUUCAUGUCGGCGGUGACAGUGUUGGGAACCCCGGCCGAGAUCUACCGCUUUGGUCUCUCCUUCGGUCUCUUUGCUAUCACAUAUAUCUUCAUGGUGGUGAUUAGCGCUGAAGUGUUCCUACCCGUCUACUACCGGCUGGGGAUUACCAGCACCUACGAGUACUUGGAGCUUCGAUAUAAUAGAUAUAUGCGUUUGCUUGGAACAGUGAUGUUUAUGACACUAACGACGUUAUAUACUGGAAUUGUUAUAUAUUCUCCAUCCCUGGCUUUGAAUCAAGUUACAGGAUUUCAGUUAUGGGGAUCUGUUAUUUCAACAGGAAUAGUCUGUACUUUCUAUUGUGCACUGGGUGGCCUAAAGGCAGUAGUCUGGACAGAUGUUUUCCAGUUUGUACUGAUGAUAAGUGGGUUUAUAGCAGUGAUUGCACGGACUGUGGUAAUUAGAGGAGGAUUUGGUCCUAUUAUAGAAGAUGCUCGUCGUGGAGGAAGACUAAGUAUGUGGGACUUUAAUCCAAACCCUUUGCAAAGGCAUACUGUGUGGACAGUCGUUAUUGGUGGCACGUUCACUUGGCUUGGCAUAUAUGGAGUAAAUCAAUCUCAAGUUCAGCGAUAUCUUGCUUGCAAAACACAACUUCAUGCAAAAAUGGCCCUGUAUUUAAAUCUUGUGGGUCUCUGGAUAACUCUUUCUUCUGCAGCGAUGAGUGGACUCUCAAUGUACUCUAUAUACAAGAAUUGUGACCCAUGGACAGCAAAAUAUGUGUUGGCGCCAGAUCAGCUCAUACCAUAUUUCGUACUGGAGAUUUUGGGAGAUUUUCCAGGUGUUCCAGGACUCUUUGUGGCUGGGACCUACAGUGGGACAUUAAGUACAGUCUCUUCUAGCAUCAAUGCGUUAGCUGCUGUAACUGUGGAAGAUCUUAUUAAACCUUAUUUCACUGUGUCUGAAUCAAAAUUGUCAUGGAUUUCCAUGGGAAUGAAUCUAUUUUUUGGUGCAAUAUGCCUUUCCAUGGCUGCAAUAGCAUCUGUUAUGGGUGCUUUGUUACAGGCUGCACUCAGUAUAUUUGGAAUAAUUGGUGGACCUCUUUUGGGAAUAUUUUCCAUGGGAGUCCUUUUGCCUUUUGCAAAUGCUAAAGGUGCAUUUUCAGGUCUUCUUUGUGGAUUUUUCACUGUAUUGUGGGUUGGAAUUGGUUCUCAGAAGUACCCUCCCCGUCCUAACAGAACAUUCCCGUUACCCCUUUCAACGGAAGGCUGUCCAAGGCCCAACUUCACUAUGGUUACACAAGUAGCUACUACCAUGCUCCCUCCAAGACCAGCCAUUCAAGAGUAUUGGUACUCAUUGUCAUAUCUAUACUUCAGUGCAUUAGGAACCCUGACAACAAUGAUUGUGGGUUCGGUUGUAAGUGUAGUAACAGGAGGAUUAAAGCAAGAGGUGGACCCCAGACUUCUCUUUCACAAAGAGGACUUUAUGGAGUACUUUAUGAAUUCGAAAACUAAAUGUGUAAGUGUAGUUUUAUAAGCCUUUCUCAUGUGACUUCUCUUAGGGAAA